AUGCCACCGCUACGACUGAUUGUCCUUGUUUCUGACCAAUUGGCCCCCUUGCGCCUGCCGCUGAGCCGGUCCUCUCCUGUGAUCUCCAGACCUCUCAUAUGGUAUCCCAGCAUUGAUCCAACUUCGCCGCUUUCAUAG